AUGUUUACCAGCAGAAAAAGUCGCUCGCUGCACGGCACUAUAUUGCAGGAAAAAAUUAAUGAACUUCAUCAUUAUUUUAUGCCCAUGGAUUUAAAUACAGCGUUCCAUCAAAGCAAAGUUAAUGCUAUUAAGAAAAUAAAGUUUGUCCUAAACCACGCGAGUCGCCGUAGUCUGCAGGAAUCUGACUUUGAAGAAUUGUUGUUAUGUUCCUUGACCCUGGUGUAUUACUUCGGUAUGCGACUCAAGCUGAGUAGACUUACUUCAAGAUAUUGGUUUUGGUGUGGUAAAAGACUAUUUCACAGAGCUGAAUCUGUAUUCCAAAAGACCAUGGACCAUCUUCAGCCAGAACGCAGCGAGGCAACCAUUAAGAUCACUCUCAAUUUCUUUUCCGAAGUUUCGUUGUGGCCCUUCGAAAGUUUCGUUGGUCAAAUAUUGGAGGUAGUACUCUACUUCAACAGGGGUAAGACCAAGCUCUUCAACAUGAUGCUAACAGAUAUCCACUGCGUACUAUUCAAAGACGUCAAGUCUGCCAGGCAUCGAAUGAGAGUUUUGUACGAACUUCUAAAAAGCGAUAAUUGGGUCAUUGAUAAGCAAAAGCUUUUGCCGUUCAUAACGAGGUUAUUGGACUUCUUUGCUUACAGCAUCAGUAGAGAUAGUAAAACGACUGCGUAUGGAUAUCUUCGAAAAGGCUUCGAAGUGUGUCUCCGGCGUAUUUUCGAAAGAGUUGAUAAUCAGCAUCGCGUGGUCAUAAUAACGACUAUGCUCAAUUGGUUCUCGUUGGUCAGCAUGAAUGAUGACGAUGUCCUCGAGUUCUCUUUGCUGCUCGACCACGCGGCGGAGCUUUAUCAUGUCGACUCUUACAGCGACAGUUUCAAAGAAGGGUUGAUUGAACAUGUCCUAACUAAUCUAGUCGGCUCCUCUUACGCAUUGUACAGUUUAGUAGGUUGUCGACUUUUACAGCGAUUUUUGGAUCGGCAGCACAAUGAUGCUUAUUUAUCAGUUCCGACAUUGUAUUAUGAAUUUACUCAGGUAAAACUGAAAAUAGGUAAGUGCGAUAAUCCGGAUAAAAUUUUCAUCAGACAACAUAGGGAGAAGUUACACGAAUACAUUUUAAAAGCAGUGAAAGAGCACUGCAACAAUGCCGUGAACUUGAAGGCUGUAUUUUCUGUUAUUUGCUGCAUUGUGCUGGAGGUUCCAUGCGGAUUGACGGCUGCAGCUGCUGCGUGCAUGGUCAUGACUGUGCAGGACUUCGCUAUCAACGGAGAGAACUUAUUGGCUACAUCGCGGUACUGGAUGCACGCUAUUGUAAUAUCAGUCAUGUCGCUGAUAUGCUGGGUGCACAAAGCCCCAGUGUUGUACCGCUACGUUGGCCAGAUCAUAGCAAGGCGGGCCAAAGAGGCGCCCCAACUGAACCCUCCACUAUCACAGACCUACAACAUUGGUCACCAUCAUGUUACUUGGAAUAAACCCACGCUAUUUUUUGAGGACUGGGAAUUAAGAUAUGCUCUGUGGAAACAUUUUCAAGAGACACGGCGGCAUUCAAAACGGAAGGAAUUCUUAGCGGAACCUAAAGAAUAG